GUUCAAAAUCCUUGCUCAAAAACUGUAUGUUUAAAUUUAUUUUCAUUUUUUUUCUAAUUAACUCCUAGUUAUAUUUUAUCAUCCCAAAUUCACUGCAUAUAUAUUUGUGUUGAAUCUUGAGAGGCUACAGAGCAGAGCAUCAUAUAAAAUGUCCCAUAGAGUAAAUCUAAUAUUGCUAGUACAGAUAUAUCAGUUAACAAUUUAAUGUCAACAACCUUAUAUAUAGCUAUAUUUGAUCAAAGAUGUUGUGUUGGCUUAUCAAUAUUACAUAACAGGUGUGUUUUUGUUUUGUUUUGUUUUUCUUUCACCAGUAUAAUUCUCAGCUCUAGUUUAUAAUGGUGCAUGGGGAUUGAUCUGGAACUUUAGACCCUCAGUAAAGCGAUUCUCUUUGCAUAAUUUUAUGCUCCCUUCCCUGCCCCAGUACUCUUUUUAAAGAGGUGCGGUGCUGUCAAGCAAAACAACUUUGCCAGUGAAUUUCAAUCAUAGUCCAAACAGGUACUGUGAUUUCUUUUCAUUUUCUGUCCUGAGAAGGAAUUGGAGGAGGAGUAAGAAAUGGCAAUUUCUCAGUGCUCAGUGACCUAUGAAGAUGUAACUGUGAUAUUCACUCAAGAGGAGUGGACACUAUUAAAUCCUUCAGAGAAGAAACUCUACAGAGAUGUGUUGUGGGAAAACUAUUGGAAUUUUCUCUCAAUAGGAAAAUUACUAGAGGAACAUUCCACCAAUAAGCAGCAGCAUAACCACCAAGGAAGUAGACAAAGAAAAAUCAUCAGUUAUCUUCAGCUACAUGAAAGAACUCACAAUGGAGAGAAAGCCUAUAAAUGUAAACAAUGUAGUAAAGCAUUCAGUUCACCCAGUCAUCUUAUGGUACAUGAAAGAAGUCACAGUGGAGAGAAACCUUGUGAAUGUAAACAAUGUAGUAAAGCAUUCAGUCAAGCCAGUCAUCUUAAGGUACAUGAAAGAAGUCACAGUGGAGAGAAACCUUGUGAAUGUAAACAAUGUAGUAAAGCAUUCAGUUUGGUCAGUCAUCUUCAGAGACAUGAACAAACUCACAGUGGAGAGAAACCCUAUGAAUGUAAACAAUGUAGGAAAACAUUCAGUUGGCCCAGUCAUCUUCAGAGACAUGAAAGAAGUCACAGUGGAGAGAAACCCUAUGAAUGUAGACAAUGUAGUAAAGCAUUCAGCUCGGCCAGUAAUCUUAGGGUACAUGAAAGAACUCACAGUGGAGAGAAACCCUAUGAAUGUAGACAAUGUAGUAAAGCAUUCAGUUGGGCCAGUUAUCUUCAGAAUCAUGAAAGAAGUCACAGUGGAGAGAAACCCUAUGAAUGUAAACAAUGUAGGAAAACAUUCAGUCGAGCCAGUGUUCUUAAGGUACAUGAAAGAACCCACAGUGGAGAGAAACCCUAUGAAUGUAAACAAUGUAGUAAAGCAUUCACUUUGGUCAGUCAUCUUCAGAGACAUGAACAAACUCACACUGGAGAGAAACCCUAUGAAUGUAAACAAUGUAGGAAAACAUUCAGUCAGACCAGUAGUCUUAGGGUACAUGAAAGAACUCACAGUGGAGAGAAACCCUAUGAAUGUAAACAAUGUAGUAAAGCAUUCAGUUUGGCCAGUUAUCUUAGGGUACAUGAAAGAAUUCACAGUGGAGAGAAACCCUAUGAAUGUAAACAAUGUAGUAAAGCAUUCAGAUUGGCCAGGUAUCUUAGGGCACAUGAAAGAACUCACAGUGGAGAGAAACCCUAUGAAUGUAAACAAUGUAGUAAAGCAUUCAGUUUGGUCAAUCAUCUUCAGAGACAUGAACAAACUCACAGUGGAGAGAAACCCUAUGAAUGUAAACAAUGUAGGAAAACAUUCAGUUGGCCCAGUCAUCUUUGGAGACAUGAAAGAAGUCACAGUGGAGAGAAACCCUAUGAAUGUAGACAAUGUAGUAAAGCAUUCAGCUUGGCCAGUAAUCUUAGGGUACAUGAAAGAGCUCACAAUGGAGAGAAACCCUAUGAAUGUAAACAAUGUAGUAAAGCAUUCAGUUUGGUCAGUCAUCUUCAGAGACAUGAACAAACUCACAGUGGAGAGAAACCCUAUGAAUGUAAACAAUGUAGGAAAACAUUCAGUUGGCCCAGUCAUCUUCAGAGACAUGAAAGAAGUCACAGUGGAGAGAAACCCUAUGAAUGUAGACAAUGUAGUAAAGCAUUCAGCUCGGCCAGUCAUCUUAGGGUACAUGAAAGAGCUCACAAUGGAGAGGAACCCUAUGUAUGUAAACAAUAAAAAAGAAUAAAAUCAAUGGAUCCAGUACCACCUCCCACGAUUCACUUUAGUCAGUGUUACACAAGCUCCUGCACUAAAUAUGGUCCCCAGAUCAAAUUGUUGGGUUUAUAGUUAACUAUAUAUGGUAAUAUAAAAGCAGAGUUCAGAUUUAAAGUCACUGGGAAACAAGUCUUUAGGCUCUGAAGCAGAAUGAAAUGACCUGAGGGCAUGCCGAUGGUUUGUACUGGUAGAAUAGGCCCAGUGAAUUGUAGUUGUGGCUUAUUUGACUGACCAGCCACAUGAACGAUGACUGCCAUAUGAACUCAUUCAAGUGGAAUUUAGAUAAGUGAGGUUCCAGAAACUGCCCAAAAUAAAGAUUAAAAAAAAAAAACAACCAGAAACAAAGGGACUAUUUCUAUUACAUUAUAAGAACUGUAAUUGUUAUCUUUGAGAAACUGGGAACAUAAAACUUUGAUGUUGGAUGUGGUGUGGAUCCAUACUCUGUAACUUUACUAUCUGGAAUUCCACUAUUAAUCACAAAUAAACAUUGCAUAAAAUCA